UGCUGGUCGACGUUCGAGAAGGAUCCUAUCUUAGGUUUCAUAAGAGCUCUGCCUCUCUAUCCUUAAUCAGCAGCAAUUUACAAGUUUAAAAUCAAAAUCGCAGUCGCUGCAAAAGUUUAGACCAACGUACGCAAAAUAUAAAAUCUCAAGAUGUAAUAUGCCACUGCACAAUGAGACAAAUAUAAUGCCAUAUAAAUUAUUAAAAUUACGCACGGAAAAAUGGAAACAAUAUCGAAGAUCUCCCUGAUAUUGACUCUAGCAGUUGUAUGCCAGUCGUCGGCAUUGUCUUUCGAGAAUGCUGGCAAAUGUAAACCGACGUUUGUCAGCACACAUUUGCAGCCGAUGCCUCCGCAGAUCCAAACCAAAGUACCAACUCCGCGCAAGUGGCAGGAGCACGAGUUCUCCCUGCUGGGCUAUAAGUUCUAUUUGCCCUCCUUGGGUCCGGUAAUGGAGGAUGAUGAAGACGAAGUUUUCCAGGACAGCGACUACUCUUUAAGUUGGGAUGAUAGCAUGCAUAAACUUUUUGUCAGACAGCAGACAACAGUGCCGCAGAGCGUCGAGCAAUCGCUUGACGUUGACAAUUUUUCGAUUGAAGAUGUGGCCUCAAAAAUAUUUCAAAUCCACUGUGUAAACGUCAGCAUUGAAGCCAUCAACGCCGAACUACAAGCCUGGAAUUAUUCACAUGUAACGCUGCAGCAUUGCAAUUAUGUGGAGGAUGGUAGUGGAGCGACAUCGACGCACCUAAAUCUGUCGCAAAAGGAGGAUGUGCGGCGUCUGAAAUGGUUGGAUAGCAAUUUAAACGAUGAGCAGUUGUCGGAACUUUUUGGCGCUUAUGCACAGAGCUUUGAGAACCUCCAACUGCUUGAUUUGACUGAUAAUCAUUUACAGUGCACACGUUGGGCCCGCCCACGCGCCAUGCGCCGCCUCGAAGUACUUAAGCUAAGCCAAAAUCGACUCUCCACGUGCGACAACUGCAGUCUCGUCGAGCUGAAGCACAUUAAUCAUCUUCACGAGCUGCAUUUGGAUCGUAAUCGCUUGCAGUCGCUGGCAACGCAUUUCAUCAGCCCACUUAGUGAGCUGAGAAUGCUGAAUUUAAGCGGCAAUUUGUUGUCUCAAUUGCUACGUAACACUUUCACGGGCGCCUUUCGACUGCAGCAUUUGGAUUUGUCCCGCAACCAGCUAUUUAGCAUCGACUCGAAAGCCUUUGAGCCGCUGCAUGCCUUGAAAUACUUGGAUCUGAGUCGAAAUCAGUUUAAACAGCUAGCUGAUGGCAUUUUUCAACAACAGCGGUCGCUUGCCAUGCUCCGGAUAGACGAAACGCCACUUGAACAGCUAGGAAAUUGGAUAUCACGCGAUGAUGUCUCUCACGUGGAUCCGUCGGUGCUGAAACGUUUGCGCUACUUAUCGCUACAGCAAAACCCUCGACUCACGCAGCUGCCCAAAACACUGUUUGCGAAUGCGCGCAAUCUGCGGGUUCUGCUGCUGGCCGGGAAUGGGCUUCGCCAGCUGCCCGGCGAAGUGGCACUGCUAGAACAUCUGCAGCGACUUACAGUGCGCGGCAAUCGACUGACUUCGCUUCCCGCCGCUCUUAAGGAUCUCAGACAGCUGCGUUAUCUAAGCAUGCUGAACAACGACUACAUUUGUGACUGCAAAAUGCAUUGGCUGUCCACUUGGCUGAGCUCUAAUCACAGCAUGUUGCGACGCAAGCGGGGCCAUCACGUAAACGACACCUACGAGGAUGCUAACGAGCUGAUUGCAUCGCUCAGAUGCCAGUACGGCUAUCCGGGCGACAUGUUGCACGUCCUCCACACUUUAAACUGCACUGUGCCCGUCAUAGUUGAGGCCUCGCAGCCCACCAUGCACAGACUCCAUUCAACGGCCAAGUUGGAGUGCGUAGUAUCCGGGAAUCCGGCUCCAGAUAUAAUAUGGGUAACGCCACGAAACAAGAUUUUGCGGCAUCACGCCGAUCCCGACAAACGACCCAUUAUCAUCAAUAGCCAGGAGCGCCAGCCCAGCAAGCUCGAGCUAUUCGCGCUCACGGAUCCAAGCAAUCCGCAGCUGAAUGUCAGCCAGCAACCUGCUGAUGAGCGUGUCACAGUCGUUGAGAGCGGCUCCCUGCUGGUCCACAACAUCUCUCGCAGCGAUAGCGGUCUCUACACCUGCUACACCUUUAAUAUUAUGGGCAAUACUUCCGCAGGCAUCAGACUGUACAUCGAUCCCAUUGUCUUCUAUCGUGUCAAAAUCGAGAGUUUACUGGCGGGCACAGCACUGGCCACCACAUUCCUGCUACUCACCUUGCUGGUUCAAGGCCUAAGGAGCUGUAUGGCCCGAUUCAGUCUCUGCGAUCGCUUCUAUUGUUGUGCAAGCCGCAACAAAAAAUCGGCCCGAGCUCGCCAAGUCUACGCCAUGCUGGACAGCAUUGAGAGCUACAAAAGCCUGCAACUGGAGCGGUUGCGCGAGAACUACACACAACAGGUACAUCGGAUACGCGAGAACUGCACCCAACAAGUGGAAUGGAUACAGAGCAGUUAUACGUCACAGGCGAAGUACCUGAAGGAGUUUCGCGACAUGGGCUCCAAUCAUCUGACCACGCUCAAGGAUCAGUACUACGAUCAGGUGAAGAAGGUGCGCGACUACUCGACCGGACAGCUAAGCUGGGUCAGAGAAAAUUAUGUCUUUCAGCGCAACAAGAUACGCAAAUUCAGUGCCCAUCAGGUGCUGCGGCUGCGCGAAGGCUACAAAUAUCAGCAGCAGACUCUGAAUAAGGUGCUGGAGAAUCUUCCUAGUUUCUAUUUUGAGAAUUGUCGCGGUCGCUGCGAAGAGGAUAUAGUUGAGGACAUAGACUGCUACUUCAAGAGUCAAAUGGCUGGCGUUGACUUUAAUAACUCCAAAGAUCUGAAUAUACAGAAAAUUAAGUCUAGAUUAGUCGCAAACAAUUCGGCCAGCAGUGCUUCCAUCUAUUAUACACCACCGGAUGAUGAUGGACGGCGGCUCUCGCAGACAUGCCUGCAAACAUCGCCCAUACACAUAAACUAUAUUGACGAAAAUCUGGAUAAUCAGAAGCUGGAACUGCACGACUUCAAGUUGGAUCCGUUGCUGUUGCGACCCAAGGACAUGGCAAUGGCACUGAUACUCGCUGACAGAAAAGACGACAACUAUUUUGUAGACAAGAUGCCGUGGAAGAACGUCAAUAUCGAUCAAUCCCCGGUUGACAGUGCCAGCAACUUGGAGUUAAAUGAACUGAGAAAUUCGAACGAGACGAGGAACUCAAAAUCGUGUUCGGCUAUUUAUAAGAUGUCCAAACAGCAGGACGGUAGCACUUUGCAUGAACUAUUAACGGAGGAAACGCCAAAUCAGUUGUUGCGUCUCAAUCCUGUCAAUCAGACGUCGCUGAUCGCACAGACGCAUCCGCGCAAAGAGAAAAUGAACAUCAUAUUAGAUGAGUGUGGCAAGGCCUCCUUAUGCCGCGGAUACGGUAGGGAUAGUUUAGAUCACGGCGAGGCUAGGAAUUUGGAGGCAGCGAGCAGCACGCCGCCUUCCAUUUCAUUGGCUGGCUCCUCGUGUGAUUCCAACAGCCUGGCGGAUAAUUGUGACAAUUCUAACUGCUGUAACUCUGAGAUUGCAAUUUCUCUGACGACUACUGCUUCGGCUAACUAAAGAUUAAACAAAUACAAAUGCCGGCAAGAGAUUUUUUUUGUUAAAAAUUCAAUAUGUAUUCGAUCGAUGUCUGAUUAAACGGACGUAGAUUGUAGGUCCGAAAAUCGCACUUUAUUACAAAUCGCAUUACAAAUAGACAUUAUUAUUCAAAUAAAUGCUCAAUUUGUAAAUUGCUUUAAUUGAAAAGGAUAAAUGCGUUACAAAUAUAGUGUAGUAGGCACUCAAGACAUGGUUCUCCACUUCCCCCGUUUAUAUACAUAUUUAGGUGGCUAAAGUGCAGCUAAUAUACUUUGUUAAAUAAGUUUAUUAUUCCUACAAAUAUAUAUAUAUAUAUAUACAUACAUACAUACAGGCAUAUGAGUAUCGAAAAUACAAAUUGAAUUGAGUACAGUCAUUAGGAAAACACAAUAAUUUUAGCAUUAAUUAGUGAAUUUUAAAUCAAGUCAACUGCUGAAUGAACAUCGUAAACAAAAAGGGAAUGAAUAAGUGAAUAAAUGAAAUGAAAUGAGAGUCUUCAUAUUAAAUUUCUAUAAAAAUUCAAGAAGUGCGCCCACGCGAAACUAAAAAGGUAUCAUUAAAAUGUCAAUAAUACUUGAAAA